AUGCCGCGCAGCAAACGGGACACCGGCGUCGAACCAAAAACGAGAAGCCGUACUGGCUGCUGGCCAUGCAAGGCGCGUAAGGUGAAGUGCGGCGAAGAGCGUCCUGUAUGCACCAACUGUACAAAGAACGGAGAAGUCUGCGAUUACAGUAUCCGGUUGAACUGGGGCGGCCGCAGCAGGAAAGACAAGGAUGGCACGCCGACCGAUGGCGGUUUCACCUUCAUCAGCAGUCCCACUGGAAGCGCCGCAAGCGGCAAUGAGCACGAACACGUCUUUUCAGCACAACACAUUGCUCAAAUGGCUUUCGAGCCUCACGGUUACUACGCCGAACCGGUGCUGAUCCAUAUCCCUCGCGCCCUAGAGCCAUUGCCCGCGGAGCUAGUCGAGAAUCAGAUGAACCUGCUCUACUUUCACCAUUUCAUCAACCACACUGGCCGUAUUCUCCAUCUACUGCAUCUGCUUUUGGCCUUCUCCGCAUCUCACCGCGCGAAACUACUAGAUCACCCCGAGCCGGCGAAUCGCAUCGCUGGUUGGAUGUCAGACGUGAUCCCCGCCCUGCGAGCCGCACUCGAGCCGCACUCCAUACCUAGCCCCACGGACCCCUUGGACCCUGCUUCCCUCGCUCCCUUGGCGACAGCAAUCAUGUUGGCCUCGUUGGAAAUCGUGACCCCAAACACAUUUCCCGUGCGGAUAUCAUGGCAACAGCAUUUGGAAGUGGCGAAGCAGAUGAUUGUUGCCCGGGGUGGUCUGCAUCAUCUUGCACAUUCGCGCGCGGACGGAGCCCGCGACAAAGCCAUUUUCUUCCUCUCGCGUUGGUUCGCCUACCUGGAUGUCCUCGGAAGCCUAUCUAAUCGUCUUCGCUCGCCCCUCUUUGGGGCCUAUCGCGAGGAUGGUGGUGGCAUGUGGCUCGUCAACCGUGAUGAUACUGAGGUCUACCAGAUCGACUGUUUCUUCGGCUUUACGGGACGCUGCAUCGCCCUGCUGGCGCAAGUCGCUGAGCUGGCUGCACAAUGUGAUGCAGAACGCAUCGAUCCCGCCACCAAUACUGUGCGGCUCAACUGGCAGCCUGAAUCUCAUCACCGCACCGCUGCGGAGGACCUCCAGAGUCGCUUGCACGCCAGCGCCACGGCCCCAUUCCGGGGUUGCAUGCAUGCUUCGAGCCCUGCUGACCUCUCCCUGGCCUCUACGCCCACCCGCGCUGCCGAGAUCUCCGCCACCAAUACGGCGUUCCAUCACGCGGGCCACAUCUACCUCUCUCGCCGCGUCCUCAACCUGCCAGCAUCAGAUCCGCAAAUCCAAUCGCGAGUCGCGCUGAUCAGGUCGGCGCUACUCUCCGUCCGCCGCGGCAGUUCGGCCGAGAGCUGUCUCAUCUGGCCAAUCUUCGUCGCGGGGUGUGAGAGCAUCAGCGCGGAGGACCGCGAGGUCUUCGAGGAGCGGUUACAGGGCGUGGAGGGAUGGGGGAUGCCGCGAGUCCGAAGGGCUCGGGAGCUCAUGCGGACAGUCUGGGAGCAAGGCGGGAACCUACAUGGUGGAGCUCGCUGCGGUUGGGAGAUGUUGGCAGAGGGGGAAUUCUUCGGCUAG